GUAAACCCGAGCCAAAGCACAAUGGUCAUGGAGCGCUGCGCUUACUCCCACUGCGCAUCGCUGGGGUAUAUAUGCUAGACAUCGAUUGAACGAAUCGGUACUAUCUCAUUCUUUCCUUUUGACUACAACAACAUGGUCCAGAUCUCCGCUCUCACUUCCUUCGUUCUUCUCGCCGCGAGCCUUACCGCUGCUCACCCAACAGCUCAUAUGAGCCAGGGUGAGCUCACCCGCCGCGCCGAGUUCCAAAAGGCUACGCGUCGCUCUCUCGGGCAAUGCCAGGACCAGCUCAAGCGUCGAGGUCACCUCGAGAGGUCUGCCGCACGCCGUGCGGCUCUCGCUGACGAACUCCGUAAGAAGAGAGGUCUUGCAGCUCGCACUCCUUACAAACGCGCGCUUACUAUGGACGAAGUCUUAGCUACGAGCCAUGAAUCGAACACGACGGGUCUUACCGUCGACUCUGAUCCAUUCGGUGGAAACGCGUCCUGUGUCCUUGCACCCGAGGUCACGCAGGGCCCCUACUACGUCGACGGUGAAUAUGUCCGUUCUAAUAUCACCGAAGACCAAGAGGGCGUCUACACCUACGUCGACGUGGAGCUUAUUGAUGUAUCAACUUGCGAGCCGGUUUCGGAUGUUUACAUCGAUUUUUGGCACUGUAACGCGACCGGCGUCUAUGCCGGUGUGGUCGCCUCUGGGAAUGGCAAUUCCGACGACGCAACCAAUGUGAACAAGACUUUCCUUCGUGGUAUCCAACCCACCAACGAGGAAGGCUAUACCCAAUUCGAGACAAUCUUUCCUGGCCACUACACCUCGCGAGCUACCCACAUCCAUAUCAUAGCUCACGGAAACGGAACCGUCUUCGACAAUGGCACGUUCAAGGCCGAGUCCAGUGAUUAUCACGUUGGACAAUUCUUCUUCGACCAAGACCUCAUCACCACUGUCGAAGCUACCUCUCCUUACUCUACCAACACCCAGGAACUCACCACUAAUGCUAACGAUUCAAUCAUGGCAGAGGAAGUUGAGGACGCAACAGACGGCAUCGACCCCGUCCUGGAAUAUGUCUACCUCGGCAAUGACGUUUCUGAUGGUCUUCUUGCUUGGGGUUCCAUGGCCAUUGAUCUCUCCGCGAGCUACACUAUCUCCUCUGCGGCCACAUUGACCGAGGAUGGUGGUGUGAUGUCCGAGAGCAGUGGAGGCAUAGGUGGAGGUCAGGACAGCGGCAAUGGAACCGCCCCCUGGGAACGGCACUGCUCCGGCUUAAGUGGGCAGGGUUCUUAGGAUAUAUACCUUGAAAUUCGCUUUGCAGAUGUAGGAUCAUCGUCAGAAUUAAUUAUGCCUUGCUUUAAGUGCGUAGGGGUGUGAACGCCAAUCAGCUGUAUAAACCGGUUAUCUCUAGUAAUGGAGCAGCGGUAU